ACUGAUUUUGAAUCAAAGAAAUCAAAAAUCAAAAUUCAGAUCUUUCCUCUUCAUAUCUCCCUCCUGCUACUACUUGGUAUCAGAAAUCUACGACUCUCCUUGGUGAGGGUUUUGAGGUGUGGAUAAUCUGGAGCUAGGGCUUUUACUGCCAGAUAGUGGAUUUAUCAAUUUUCCGCAUCAGACAGAAAUGGGAAAUGCGUCGGAGAAUUUCGAUAUCGAAGAUCUAAUGUCUUAUGGAGACGAUUUGAUCAACUUAUUGGAUGUUAGGAAUGGGUUUGAUGUGAUAUCUCAAAGUUUUGAGCAGUUUAAAGCUCUCAAUUUCGCUUGCGACGAGGAUUUCAAUCAGAUACAAUGCUCUAUUGAAGAUUGUAAGAAGAAACUCGAUGUUUGUAAGAAGAAAACUGAGGAAGCAUAUUCAGAUGUUGCGGCUGAAGAUGAAAUUGAACGUCUUCAGAAAGAGCUUGACGAAGAGAUGGAACGGGAGUGCAAGCUAAAGGACGAGCUUAGAGUAGUCGCUGAUGAACUCAAGGAGCUGAAUGCUCAAUUGAUAUCGAUUGAUGAACAUAAGCAAUCUACAAUGAGAAAAGAGCGGGACGGCUUGAGAGCUGAGAAAAAGUUGUCUAUGUAUGCUUCUGUCACGAAAGUUAUACCGGACAUUGAUGGCCCAUCAAAGAUCUCAGGCUAUAUGGUAGAUCGUGAAAAGAGGGUAAUUGAAAAGUUUCAAUUCGAGACGAAUAAGAUGACAGCCUACGAGACAUGUAACAGUAUCUGGAGCAUCAUAAACAAACAAUAGACUGAUUUAGCAUCAGUUCAUUUGUAUGAUAUAUCUGUGUGAUCAGUCUUGGUUUUAGCUUAGCAACCAAAACUUCUUUUUCUACCAACAUUUCCUUAGAUGUAAACACUUUCUGCUUUAGUUAAAUUUGGAUUUUUGUGAUUUGAUUUUGAAUCUUUUUCUCCUGUAACAUCACCAUAAAUCUAAGAAUAUUUUCCUUGCAAGAUUCCUUGCAACUCUA